GUUUGAACAAAUGAAAUGAGAGGAAGAGGAGAGGAAAGGAGAGGAGGAGGCCCAACCCCAAGGGGCCAAAUCCAAUCGUGAAGCAAGGUAAGGAGACACGCGGCAAACUCCCAGAUUUACAUGGCUGAUGCCUCCAACCAACCCAUUUCAUUUCCCCCCUUCUUCCCCCCUUCCGACCCUUCCUAUUCCUACACUCCCCCGCUCUCCACCUCCCUCCUCCUUCCAUUUCCUCUUCAUUUCUCGUUUUCUUUCUCCCAAUCUCCAAGGCUUCAGCCACCCAUCCUCGUUUCAGCCUUUUCUCCCCCUUUCCACGCUUGCAUUCCUUCCAAGUCCUCACUUUUAACACGCUCAAAUUAACCCCCUUCUAUGUUUCUCAUUUAAUGGCCGAUAUUCAACCCCCCGACCCCCAGACUAACGGCGCCCCUGCCCCUCCCGUCGUCUCCUCCGAAACUGUUGGAUCCAAACGCCAGCGAAGACCCAGCGUCCGAUUGGGGGAUAUCGGCGGCGACCAACCCUACGAUUCCUAUGCCCGCCGCACCAAUAAGCCCUGGAAGUUUGCCUCGGAUAAUCGCAAGGAUUCAUCCGCUGCCUCUGCCAAGAACUCCAAAACUCGGCCCUUGACCAACUUGAGUUCGGCGGGGGGUGGGGGGGCCGAGUUUCGCGAGACCCCAGAGGGCGAAGACAAAGAGAACAAUUUGGAUAGCGUUGCAAUUGGGAGCUGGAGAUUGAAGGAUUCCAAGCGGAGAGGCUCAGCCGCCACCAAGAGGGUCAGAACUAAUUGGGUAUCCCCCAAGCACGACGAAGGCGGUGGAGGGGGGGAGGCAGAUGAAAAGUAUAGCGCCGGCGAAGACGUGGAGGAGGGGUAUCGGGAUUACGACGUUGAGAACUCGGAAAGUCCCCUGAAAGAACAAAGCUCAAUGCAUUCGCUUGAGAAUUUGGCGAUAGAAGGUGAGGGGAAGGAAAGGGAGAUGCUUUAUCAGGGGAAUAGAAGAUGUACCCGGUCUAGGGUUUCGGAGGGUAGAGAGCACCAAGAUGGGCUCGAGUUUUCAGGGCCUUCGGAUACGGAUGCCAGGAAUUGGAAAUGCGGGACUAGCGGUGAUAGGAAUGGGAAUGGUGGGAGAGGAGUAGAUGGGGUUAGAGUUUGGCUCAACGGCUUAGGGUUAGGUCGGUAUGCUCCAGUUUUUGAAAUUCACGAGGUGGACGAUGAGGUGUUGCCAAUGUUGACACUCGAGGAUCUCAAGGAUAUGGGAAUAACUGCAGUUGGGUCCCGGAGAAAAAUGUACUCCGCAAUCCAGAAGUUGGGGAAGGGAUUUUCAUGAGGAAUGUAUGUAUCCCAAAUUUCAGCCAUGGCAAUGUAUGCCUGAACUCAUUUUUGAGCCUCAUUGCUACUGCCUGCAUUAUAGGUUGUUUUGGUAGUCUUUCAUAUUUCUGAUUACUGCGAUUUUCCCCCAUAGUCUUUCAUAUGCUGAGUGAAGUAAGAGUGUUGCUACAAGACACGAAAAGAAGCAAAAAUAAACCAUGUCUGGCCGCAUAUUCUGGGAUGCGACUCUACUGUUUCCACUGGCUGUAGUAUACUGUUUUCACCAUUCUGAUUUCUUAAUAACGUCUCUUGGGGUCUUACAUGGGAAAGAUUCUGCAUUCUGGGAACUGGACGCCUGAUGGUGUAACUGUGAUCACAAGUGUGGUGGGUCCUGGGUUUGUUCUGCAUUUUGUUCUCCAAGGAAUGCUACUCGCCAAGGUAGUCUCCCUUUCCCAGAGAGAUGACCAAGUGUAGAGCUACAAUUUAUACUUCAUUUUGAAGAUCUCUAGUAGUUUGCUUCAAAAUUGAAAGCCAAAUCCCUGGAGGGAAAUUCCUCCUUGCUGUCGUGCAUCUUGUAUUCUAGUUUUAACCGACCCUUAAUUUUUCUGUAUUUUGUUCCGAACCAAAAUUCGUUCCACAUGAAUAUCGGUAGCCUUCAAUCUUAUUUUUGUUCUUCAUAGUUAUUUCAAUGUGACUCCUAUGAUUGAAGCAUAUUUGAUAUUCUC